CUUGCUAGUUAUUAAUUAAGGCGGGGUCACAGUUACAUAACAAAGAUGGCUGCCGGAUCUAUUCUUGUUGCUCGAGCUCUUUGCAGAGGAUCCCUGUCUCCUAUGUGGACAAAACCACUACCUAGCAUUAACGUGCUAGCUAUGUCAUCACCUAAGAAACAAUUAAUGUCGCGUUCUCUAUCAACAAGUACAGUAGCGAAGAGUUCGUCGGGGAAGCACUGGUUUUCAGAGAGGAUAGUCUCUGUUGCUAUAAUGGGUCUCAUACCAGCUGGUCUUAUGUAUCCCAAUCCUAUCAUUGAUUACAGUAUUGCAGUGCUCCUACCUUUGCACAUACACUGGGGUAUUGCAUCAGUUGUUGUUGAUUAUGUUCCAAAAUCAAUUCAAAUGGUAACAAAGGUAUUCUUGUCGACCCUCACUCUCCUUACAGUCGGUGGUCUUGUUUAUUUGACGUAUACUGACGUUGGAGUCUGCAAUGCCGUCAGAAUGCUAUGGACAAUCAACUAACUGAGUCACACACUAACUUAAUAGUAAUUGUAAUUGUUGUAGACUGUUCACAUUAAACGCAUUGUAUUCUUGCACAAGAGUAAGGUAUUACCUGCUUUCGUGGUUAUAUUGUCAUAAAUUGUUACUAAAAAUAAAGUUAAUAAUAAUUAAUA